CUCCUGCAGCCUGAUUCACCUUGCAACACCGACAACAACACCAACGCCAACAAGCAAACUUUCCACUUCUUAUUUAAACCUUUACCGUCCACCAACGAAAACAGCACACCAUAUCCAUCCCACACUGCUCCCCAUUCGCUCAGUUCUCUUGCCCACCAGCCACUUAUCAACCAACCCUUUCCCAAGGGAGACUCCCAAGAAGCAACACAUUCGAGUACUGAUACACUCCGUACAUUCACACCCGACACUCCAGCAACAGCACAACCUCCGUCAACAUGUCGAACAAACGCGUCGCCAAGGAGCUCGGCGAAUGCACCCAGAACCCCCCGGCGGGCAUGACAGUCACCCUCCCGUCCGAGUCCAACAUCCACCGCUGGCACGUCACCCUGCAGGGCCCGCCCAACACGGUCUACAGCGCGGGCCAGUUCGGCCUCGUCGUCCAGCUGCCGCAGGAGUACCCCUUCAAGGCGCCCCUCGUCACCUUCGCGACCCGCAUCUACCACCCGAACGUCACCAACGACGACGCCGGCAACAUCUGCAUCCCCCAGCUCAAGCCCGAGAACUGGAAGCCCGCCUCCAAGCUCGCCGCCGUCCUCGAGGCCGUCCGGAACCUCCUCGUCGAGCCCAACCCGGACGACCCCCUCGAGCCCCGCAUCGCAGACGAGUACAGGUCCCAGCGCGCCCAGUUCGACAAGACCGCGCGCGAGUACGUCGGCCGCUAUGCUAAGGGCACGCCCAGGUUCGACGCCGCCCCGGCCGCCGCCGCGCCCCCCUCCGCUGGGCCAUAGGUACGGUCCAUUCCUGUCGGGAGGCCCCCCCCUCGGCCGCAGGCGAGGUCCAGUCUUCUCGGGAUUCCCCCUCCUCGGCCGGAGGCAAGGCGCGAUGAUGGCAGGCCCGAGGAAGAAGAGAGCGGCGGGGAAGCGGGCGCUUGAGGAAUAACCACACUGCAUCCCCCUACCCCCUCAGGCUCACUCGGCGGGUCCCUCCAGGUGUUGACACGGUCUCGACUAGAGGCCACAGCGGUGUUUUUGUGCGAACUGCCGCCGGAGGUCGAGCAGGAAGCGUUCUUACAUCCCUUAACAUACCAAGCGCCGCGGGCACGGGCACGGGCACAACAGCCUAGCGAUAGGCUGGUGCUUCAUGGCAGCGGCGCUCAUUUGCAUUUCGGGGGGUCAUGGGUAGUGGACGGCGUUCCGGUUGUGGGUUUGGCAUGGCCGUGGAGUCCUCUGACAUCUCUAUUACCAUACCAUAGGCCCGUCUUUGUAAUGAAUUAAUGACGAACUACAGUUCUUUACCUCAAUCUGCUACCAGGGAAUGGAGUAAAAUGGUCGGAGCACAGUGUUCCGACUGCACACACUUCAACAAGACGUGGAAUCACCAUGGCUGACAUCAUAGAAGGCACAUUGGUUCCUGUUGGAAUGCGCAGCAGACGCAUAUGUCUUCUGAUUCCUCUCUUCUCUGCCAAGACGCGGGUAACCGCUCCGUGCUCUCUUCAGAAUUCUUCUUUUCCCGCCCAGUCUUCAGAACCCUGGGGUCUGUCUUUGCGCCCCAUAUGCCGGUCAAUGCAAACCAAAGGAAAACAUCUUCGAGAUAUCUAUCUGUACAACAUCGGAAAACAAGCACAGGUAUUGCUGCUGAGAAAACAAACAGAAGAGAAGCAAAUAUAAUAAUGUCGUUAGAAAGGAAAAGACCAGUUGUGUUUGUCCAGUUCAGCCCGAAACAAAGAGAAGAAAAAGGAGGUAAAUCAAGAAAGUGAUGGAACAUUGAGAGCAAUUAACGCCGAUGCUUUACCGUCCAGCCCAAUGCGUUGCCAGAAAAUUUUUGUUCGCCGCCUGCUGAUGCGUGCUUGGCCGUCCACAAAGUUGGCACGGCAAAAGAAUCUCUGUUCCCCUCAUUCCCUUCUGCAAAAUGUUGCCUCCAACGCUAUCGUUCAUGUUCACCACCAGGUGAAGUUCGUCGUUCCCUACCCGUGCCGACGCGUCCUCCCUUCCCGUAAGGUAGUAUCCAGGAGGGUAGAUCUCAACCCGGAGAUCAGUCGACACCAUUAAAAUUAAUACAAUGAAUCGAAGAGGACGCCCUUGCGCCCACUAACUCAUGACACCACCACCGUCGGGUGGGUCCCGGAGCGAGGGCAUCGAAGGACGUCGCCAGAAUCCGGGCUCCUAGACCUCGAGACUGCGCUCCUUGUGCCUGCGUCCGAAGAGGGUGUGUUUCCUCCGCACACUGCUGCUGUCGCCCGAUGUGACGCUCAGCAUGUCUGCGUUGCGAGUCCUGGACACCGCUAUCGUUGCGGCGGUCGCGAUUCCGGGGGCCGCCUCCGCAGCAGCCACGGCCUCCUUGCGCUGGAUCUGUAAUUUCUCCUUUCGUUCCGUCCGCUGCUGGUCGAUGGCAUCGCUGGUGAGGUGGUUCAAACCCGACCGCUUCUUGAAGCAGAUGUCCAUGAAGUGGUUUGCGUCAAUCAUCUUGCGCGGGAGACUCUGGACCACGGCAAAGACCUCCAUAGGGUCACUGAUCGACUUGAUCUCAUUCUCUCCAGCCUUGAAAAUGGCGAGCGCAACCCGGAACAGGGUCUUGGAUCCCUCGUAGAAAAAUACAUCCCACACGCGCAGUGUCGUCUCGAUUGGAAGGGUACCUAUGUAGCACGACAUGAACCAUGCCGUCAACGCGAGAGUGACAGGUGGGAGGUUGUCGCCGCUGACUGAUGCAUUGCUCUUGUGAUAUCGAGCGCGCCUAGACUUCUUCUUGGUGGUUCCAGAGCCGUCGUCGGAGAUCUUGGACCAAACAUUGGGCAGCACAGUUUCCAGCUCAUUCAUAAGCACGCUCAAGUCGACUUUGGAGCCCUCUAGGUUCAUUUCGUGCGUCCCUGGGAGGUAUACCCUCGUGAUGAUGUUGAGCAACCAGAAAGCUUGUUCCUCCGAAUCCACAAACAGUAGGAGCAUACCACCGAGGAAGUUCAAGGACUGGCAGUAUCCGAUGCUAGGAUUGAAGAUGGCGAAGGCUGAUAGGACGCGGCGAAGGCUCUCGAUGAUCGCAGGCUCAGAGCCUGGGGCCUUGGGUGUGGGAUUCGCAGACUGCGUGGAGUUGUUGCGGCUGUGUACUGGAGUGCUACCUGGCGAUGGUGACUGCGACGCCUGGCCCGGUGCAAGACCCGUCGACGGUGCCGAACGCCUAAAACGCACAUUGUCCGGGAAUGUCCGAUACAGAUCCCGCUCGAUGUCGUCCCGACAUACUUCCUUCAACUCCCCGUUCUGCGCCUGCUUGACCAAGUUGUCGUAAACGCCUCGGUUGUUUGCCAGAAUCUUGGGGCCGCCAGCGUAGUAGAACCAUGCUGCACCCCUCCAUUCUGGCGGUAUGCCCUUCCUGAUAAACCUCUUCGCUUUGGCGGAGUGCUGAGGGAAACGAUUGGGGUGAUCGGUCAUCAGUCCAUUCUCAUUGAGGAAAGCCUCCCACUUCCUCCGCCUCCUCGCGAGGUACUCGGAAUAUUGCCCGUUCCAGUCGUCGUACUGCUCGCGCGUGACAUACUGGUUUGAUUUCCGGAAUCCGUAGCGAUCAUUAGCAUCUGGGUCCAGGUCCUCUGGCUGCAUGGCUCCCUGCACGGGCUGUGGUGGAGCAGGCAUGACGUCGAUCUUUGGCUCGGGAAAAGUCGGCGACAUAGGGGAAAGAAGCUCCUUGUCAGCAAGUGUCGCCGUGCUGUCUGUAGUCGGAAGAGUCGAGUCCGCCUUCUCGAGCGCAUCAAUCGAAAGGUACUCGUCGUGGGGCCCAACCUCUUUGCCCGAAUCAUGUCUGCUAUGCCGCACGCUAUCCGCCUCGAAAGUUUCCGCGUCAUCGUCUUGCUUCUCAAAGUCCACAAUGCCGGUUUCCUUCUGCUCCGCGUUGAUAUAACUCAGCCUCAUGUCUUUGGGCAAGGACGAGGCGAGACUCUUGCGGAAGAAGGCGUUGGUGUCCCGGAGACGAACAGCCCCAUCGGCGUUCAGGGGGAAGCUUCGGCCUGGGAUGGCGAUGGAGCCAGGGCGGUUCAUGGCCUCGAUCAGGCGGCUCGCGGCCUCGCUGUUAUGUGAGACUGCCGAUCCCGGCCUGGAUUCGUCCUGGUCGUCCAUUCCUCCCGGGGUGAGCCGCACGACUGGUACAUCGGUGCCGACGCUCGGCUUUCGCUGAAAGACGUCCAUAUCGCUGUCGUAGAAGCCCUGCUCGUACAAUCCCAUCACAUCAUCCACGCUGAGGCUUUCCCGGAUUUCGAUGCUUGGUGAAUGGGGACCGAAGAAGGGAGAGUUCCUAUUUCUGUUGCCCAUGCUGAAGAUGGAACUUGUUUUGGUCUGGACACUAGACCUCUCGGGUUCCGUGAACAGGGUAUCCUGGGCUGUGGACGUCGUAAGCUGACUCCGCAUGCUGGAACGCAUCUCAUCCUCGUCUAGGUACGGGUGCUGGGCCCAGGGGCCUGAGCCGUUUCGUGGUGGAGACCGCGGCCGGACCGCGUGGGGGAGGCCCAUGUAAUUACCUGUGGCGGAAUUCUGAGACACGUUGCGAGGUGCAGCACCAAAGCGAUCAUAGGAAGGUUUAUUGUAAAGACUUGGCGCGGCGGAUGCAAAGGUGCUGGCAGACAUGUUGGAAGCGACCGAGGGUUGUCGGACAGGCCUUGGCCCUGCACUGUAGGGUAUGUAGUUGGAUGCCAUGGGCCUUGACUCGAGACGGGCGGAGUCCGAGUUUGAGGUAUUGGCUGUUCCAGGUCGGAGGUACAGGGGUGUUGGGAAGUCGGGACGGUUCGGGCUCCCCAGACUAGGCUUUCUCGGCCGUGAGAAGUUGUAAGUGUCAGUUGCAACGCUGUAGGCAGUCUCUCCAGACUGCCUACUCUCCGGCCUGUACAUAUUUGUAGGCGAGCCGGGCGUCACCGCGGCUGCGUGCUCAUGUCGAUUUGUCUCGGUCCGGUCCAAGUUCAAGUCCAAGGCUUGGUCCUCAGGGAUCUGAGGAUGUGAGUACAGGCACGCCUGAAAGGUGGCCGACUGGGGAGAGCGGAUGGGAGAAGGAGGGAUGCCCGAGUCGGAGGCUACAGGCGCGUCUGUAGUCGUUGCAAGACCUGCACUGGUGUGUUGCCCCAGGCUAUUCUGACGCCGCACGGGCAGGGAAUCCCAUCGAGGACCCGGGUAGCCUGGAGAGAUGGGGGUGAUGGGGGUGUUUGGAAGCGACCGUUGGCGGCGGGUGGUGACGGCGUUGGCGGGUAGGUGUCCCGGCCGGUGGCUUGGGAUGCACGGAGCCUCGAGGGUGUCUCGACUAGGGGAGGCGGCGUCCUGAUCGAGGCGGCCGUAGAUGGGAUGACCUCGGAGGGGGGUGAAAGGCGCGUGGGUGUCGGGAGGGUAUCGUGUUUGUAAGAGUGGAAGUUGAGCCCUCGCAGGAGAGAAUGACGAGGAGGACAGGUCGGGCUGCGGUUGUGCUGGCGUCGUCGUGUAUUUUGGGUCUUGGGAAAUAAAAUGAGGGUCCGUGUGAGGGAGGACCCGGCGCUGCCGUGGUGAAGCUGGGACCCAGUGCUGGUGUGGGUGCGGGAGCGGGUGCGGGAGUGGGUUGGGCGGCGACAAGGUGAAUUGGUCUUGUCGCGGGGACAGUGCGGGCAGAGAUUGUGGUUGGGAGUGACUCGGCCGAUGUUCAAGGUGAGCCUGGGUCUGGUGUUGGUUGUGGUGGUGGUGGUGAUGAUGAUGCAGAGGCGAGUACUGCGAGACCGAGGCGGGUAGUGAACCCUGCCGCUGCCGCUGCUGCAGCCGAGGCUGUUGUUGUUGUUGCUGAUGUUGUUGGUGGUAGUGGUGGUGUUGUUGUUGGUGUUGUUGUUGGUGUUGUUGUUGUUGGGGUGGCAGCGGUGGCAGCGCCGAGUCGAGACGGAGGUCCCUCGGCGAGGGCCUCUGCACCUGGUCAUGAUGAUCUGGGUUUGGCAUUGGCAUUGGCAUUGGCACCGGCAGAGCUACGCGGCCCGGGUCUGAUUGCGCAUGGUGGUGAUGGGCCAGGGCAGGAGACAUGUGAAUAUUCUGGAAGGCUUCCAAGGCCCGCCCGACUGCCUCAGCCUGGUGGUGGGUUUCGGCGCCCCUGUCUCGAGGAGGAGGCGGGCUGAGGUGAAAAUGUUCGGGCGGUACUGCGAUUUCCGCAGCACUCUCGCGUGGUUGGGACCAGGUGCUCGUCUUCUCUCGGUUGAGACUGCCGAGAUCCACCGCCAUCUUGUUAAUCAGAGACCCUGACCCCCCCGGUCCUGCACCUCCUGGGCUGGCCAUUGUUGGCUGCCGCUGCCCGUCUUCUCCUCAGUCGUCCCGCGCGUGGUUGAGCCUCCAGAGUUGAGUUGGCGGCGCGGUCUGGGCAUGGCGGACAGGGACGGGCGAGUGUCGAGGGCGGCGAGACGACCUCGAGUCGAGGUGAUGCGAGGACGGAGACUAAGAACGUCUGCUGUGGUAUCUCUUUUGGGUCGGGGCCGCCUUGCUUGUACCUGGCGGGGGAGGUGGUUUUAAUUAGACCCGGCUCCUCCUUCGAUAUUGGGCCAAGGCAAGGCGUGGGAGGCAGGUAGGCAGGCCAGGCAGGUACAUGUACGAGGUACCCACCUUGUGCAGGACGGGCGUGACGAACAAAAAAAAAGAUGUCCC